UUUGUGCACUGAAUCCUUCACUCACACUGAUGUUCAGGACGACGGGAAAAUGUCUGGCUGACAAACACUUACUAUGGAUUAUGAAAAUGUGACUAUUUUAGCAGGAAACAGGAUACUCUGGACUUUUCUCCUCCUGCUGUGCUGUUUACUGUGUGCGGCUGGAGACGAGACGGUCAAACUGCAGGAAGUGGAAGGAACCAAUAUAACUCUCCAUACUGGAAUAACUGGAAUUCAGAGUGAUGCUCAUAUAAUGUGGUUUUAUGGACCUGAGAAAGCAGAGGAAAAGAUAUUGAACAGUCAGGUGUUAAAAGGAGAAACCGUUACAGAAAUCAGUGAGAGAUUUAAAGAGCAACUGCAGCUGGACAGAACCAGUGGAGCUUUAACCAUCAGGAACAUCAGCACAAAUGAUUCUGGAGUUUAUUUAUUACAAGUCAUCACUGGACGUCUCACAUCCAAGACUUUCAGUGUCAGUGUUUAUGCUCCAGUAUCAACUCCAGUAAUAAGAAAUCAAAGAGGAAAACGAAGUGUGUCUUCCACAGAGCAGUGUUUCCUCCUGUGCACUGUGGAGAAUGGAGAAGAUGUGAAGUUAUCCUGGUACAGAGGGAAUGAGAGAAUCUCCAUCACCAAUAACACAGAUCUCAGUGUUCCCCUCAAUCUCCCACUUCAAAUACAACUCCAUGAUAUUAACACUAACACUUAUAUCUGUGUGUCUGCAAACCCUGUCAGCAAUAAAACAACUUCUCUCAACAUCGCACAGCUCUGUGAUCAUAACUCAGGACAAACUGAUCGUUCCCGUUCACUGCUUCCUGUCCUGAUAUCUGUUGGAGUUUUUGUGUUAUUAAUAAUACCUGUAUGUGUGUGGUUUUGGCUGAAAAAGAAAAAGCGACCAGUUUCUGAAGUGACUUACGCUGCUGUGAAUAUUACAACUCACAGUGCAGAGAGACUUAGAGAGGAAGAAAACUCGAGAGAAACACAUGGUGAAGCAGAGAGUGUCUGUGUGGUGUAUUCAGAGGUGAACAGAUCCACAUAAUUCAAUAUAUCAUUUUUACUAUAUUGUUAAUUAUAAAUCUUAUUAUUAUGAUCUAUGUAAUUGGUCACAAAAGGUCACUGUACAUGUUACCUAAGGCAUUUACAUGUGCUGUUUGUCUUCAGGCAUCAGUGUUUAAUAUUAAUUUAACAUUUGCAUGUGCUCGUUAUGUAAAUAUGAAUAUCAACUUUAAAGUUAGCUUAAAAAAAAACCCUAAUGUCAAAAAUGGCAAGCUAAUCAAAAAUGCUUCACUGGAACACAUCAGUUUUUUUAAAGGAAUCAGCAGCUUCAGUUUUCCAGCUGCUCCUCGGUGUUUACGCUUCUCACAUUACAGCCCUAUUGUCCAGAUCAGAUACAGAUACAGGUACAGAGCUCUGGGUUAGAGGUGUGUGUGGGACUGGAACGAGAAAACUGAACACACUGCACGAUAAAGCCUGUAACCCUGAAGACAUAACACCAGCCUGUUAAAGCUCCUGACUGAGAGAGAGACAGAUCUAGAAGAUGAAGUUAAAGGUGUUAGAGUUGUCGUUUGUUUGUUCAUCAGAUUAACACGGGUACCGUAAUUCCUGAAAAACCUGAUAAGUCAAUAUUGUUCCUGGAACACUGCUUGUUCAGGCUCAGUGUGUAGCUCUAAACACAGCGUCAUAACUGAAAGACACAGAAGCGUCAGAGAGCUUGUAUUAUAUGAAAGAGAGAGAGAAGUGUUUGCUGUGUGUGUUUGUUUUUUUAAUAAAAAUGUAAAAGUGUAAA